CGCUUCAGUUUAGUCGUCUGCGUCAGUUGGGAUAGUGGUGUGUGUGUGAGCGCUUGUGAGUAGCGGAAACAAUACAGAAAAGUGUGUUUUAUUUCAACGAGGACAGAAAUGACACGGCCGGAGGUGUUUUAUAUCGUCGGGGCGCUGUUGGUAACACAAUGCGCCGCCAUCAUCAGAGUUCCCCUUCAUAAAACCAGAAGCCUGCGCCGCCUGAUGAGCGACAAUGGGAUGUCUCUGGAGGAGCUUCGGGCUCGGGCCAGAGACACAGGAGCUCCGGACAGCUCCCCCGCCCCCGACCUGCCUGUGGAGAGGCUGACCAACUUCAUGGAUGCCCAGUACUAUGGGGUGAUCAGCAUCGGCACCCCUCCGCAGGACUUCACUGUGCUGUUUGACACCGGCUCCUCCAACCUCUGGGUCCCCUCCAUUCACUGCUCUUUCUUCGAUCUGGCCUGCUGGCUUCAUCAUCGUUACAACUCGAAGAAGUCGAGCACAUACGUUCAGAACGGCACCAAGUUCUCCAUCCGGUAUGGCAGAGGCAGCUUGACCGGCUUCAUCAGUGGGGACACGGUCUCUGUUGCAGGUCUGUCCGUUCCUGGCCAGCAGUUUGCUGAAGCAGUGACGCAGCCCGGAAUCACAUUUGCAGUGGCACGGUUCGAUGGGGUCCUGGGCAUGGCCUACCCCUCUAUCUCGGUAGCUAAAGUCGUCCCGGUGUUUGACACAGCCAUGGCAGCCAAACUGCUGCCCCAGAACAUUUUCUCUUUCUACAUAAGCAGAGACCCCAAAGCAGCAGUGGGAGGAGAGCUGAUACUGGGUGGGACAGACCCCCAGUACUACACCGGAGACUUGCACUAUGUCAAUGUCACACGAAAGGCCUACUGGCAGAUCGAGGUCAACGGAGUUGAAGUUGGCAACCAGCUGACUCUUUGCAAAGCCGGUUGCCAGGCUAUUGUUGACACGGGAACAUCGCUAAUUGUCGGCCCUGCAGAGGAAAUCAGAGCGCUGCACAAAGCCAUCGGAGCUCUGCCCCUGCUGAUGGGAGAGUACUUGAUCGACUGUAAGAAGAUCCCAUCUCUGCCUGUCAUCUCCUUCAACGUUGGAGGGAAGAUGUUUAACCUGACUGGAGAGGAUUAUGUCAUGAAGGAGUCUCAGAUGGGUACGUCCAUCUGUCUGUCCGGUUUCAUGGCCAUGGAUAUCCCACCACCCGCAGGGCCCCUGUGGAUCCUGGGAGAUGUAUUCAUUGGGAAGUACUACACUGUGUUCGACAGAAACGCCGAUCGUGUGGGGUUCGCCCCUGCCAAGUAGUCCCCAGAACACUUUGUAUGUAACAUGUUGCACUUUUUCAUUUGUCGUGGUCAUUUGUCUUUAAAGAUGACACCAAGCAAAGCUAAAUUUCAUCAUCAGUGUGUUGCACUGUUUGAUUUGCAGCAGUCAAAAGCAUUCAUUGGUUCUUGUGCAUCAAUGCAAGGCCUUACACAAGUAGCUGGUUUCCAAUAAGCAAAUCUGGAUCUUACGUUAACAGCCACUUCCACAAAUCUAACAGAGUGGAUGUUUUCUGCCACAGAACAAAGGGACUGCUUUUCUUGCAAUUGUCUGAAGCUGCUUUUUUUUUUUUUUUUUUUUUUAUCUUUGGGGCAGGAUUGAGUGAAAAUGCAUAGUUCUACGCAUUUCAAUACAUUUCAGCUUUAUUUUUUGUACUCUGAGGGAACAAAUGCACCUCACAUUGAUGUACUUUUCUUUCUUAGCAACUGAACCAUAUUUCCAGUUUCCAAUGUCUAAUGAUUUAGUUGGAGCUGCUUUUGUACACUGAAGGUAUCUCAGGAUGUUUCUUUUAACACGCCUAUGUGCAUUUUAUUACCAAAUGUCACUGAAUAAAACUUUAAUAAUUAAA